AUGGCACCCUUGCAUCAAAGACCCAUGCAGCAUAUUGACCGCUACGAGCUCUACACCAGUCUCGAGGCGCGGAUACAAUAUCUCCACUCAUUUCUCGACUUUAGCUCUCGCGACAUGGAGGCCCUGACGACGGGGGCCAAAUACAUCAAGGCGCUGAUCCCCGCCGUGGUCAACAUUGUCUACAAGAAGCUGCUCCAAUACGACAUUACCGCACGGGCGUUUGAAACCAGAUCGACGUCGUACCAAGGGUCCGUCGACACGGACCUGAACGAAAACUCGCCGCAGAUCCUGCACCGCAAAAUGUUCCUGCGCGGCUACCUGACCAAGCUGUGCAGCGACCCGUCCAAGAUGGAGUUUUGGGAGUACCUGGACAAGGUGGGCAUGAUGCACGUGGGCCAGGGGCGCGCCCACGCGCUGCACGUCGAGUACGUGCACAUUGGCGUGACGCUGUCGUUUGUGCAGGACAUUCUGACCGAGGCGGUCCUGUCGCACCCACGGCUCCACAUGGAGCGCAAGAUUGCCCUUGUCAAGGCGCUGUGCAAGGUGAUUUGGAUCCAGAACGACCUGUUUGCCAAAUGGUAUGUCCGCGACGGCGACGAGUUUGCCCAGGAGCGCCUAGUGCCCGAGGUGGAGCCUGAAGGCUAUCUGCAUGGCAAGCACGUCUUACGUGAGGGCAGCGAGAGCGGGUGUGAGAUUGAAGACGCGGCCAUGGCGGCGGGAACGUGCCCAUUUAAGAAUCUGGCAAGCAGGCCGAGUGGAGAGCUGCCACACGGCCUAACGAGCUUGAGUCUGGGGAAGGACGCUCGACACGGGGAAAUCGUAAUAGACGCCGCAGACGCGCCGACAAGGCCUGCGCCUGCGCCUGCAUCGGCUGGGCCUGCAUCGCCUGCGUCGCCGGGCAUGAGGGCGUUUGAGCAGGGCGCCAUGCCGCGGGCGGUAGGGAGCAGUGCGUGA